AUGAAGACUCCUGAUACAUGGAACCGAACAAUACGAAAUUGGAAUAGCAAAUUCGAUACAGAUGGAAAUUACUUUGUGCUUUAUGCCAUUUUAGGAAUCAACACUGCUGUGUUUUCGGCAUGGUGGUAUGCAAAUGGCGUCUACAAGACAUAUGGAGAUACAUCGGUGAUGCAAUUCAUGACUCGGAACUUCUUAUGCGGAUGGAAGAAUAUAGAUGAUGGUCGAAUAUGGACAAUGCUGACAUGCAAUUUCUCCCACAAUGAGCCAUGGCACUUUAUAUUGAACUCGUUUGUCUUGUAUUCUUUUGGACAAGCUGUGAUUGAUAUUGUCGGGGGGCGUGCUUUUGCACUGAUAUAUCUCGGAGCAGGCCUAACGUCCAGUCUAUUCACCAUGGGAUUGAGAAACCGUAACGAACAAUUCGUAUCUCAUGGCGCGUCAGGCUCAGUAACAGCCUGCACCCUCGUGUAUGCUCUGACGUAUCCGUGGAGUACAGUAUAUCUGCUUUUCGUGCCCGUCCCAGCAAUUAUUGCUAUUGGAGGCUUCGUUCUAUAUGAUCUCUACAGGACCAGCACCAAGACUGGCGGCCGAGUAGACACCGCCGCUCAUUUAGGCGGUGCAGCCUUUGGGUUGGGCUAUUACUGGAUGCGUGUACGCCCUGCGCUUCGUCGUUUUAGAUGA